CAUACACACCUGGAAGUAAAGAACAGAGGGCAGAUUCAGCCGACAGGUGGAGGAAACUUUGCAAAUACUUUCUGUUAGACAAAGAGUGGGCAUAUUUGUGCACUGACGAGGAGAUGAAACUGCCUUUUUGGAGGGAUUUUUUCAACCGUACGCCUGUUGGAAUUGCCGCUGUCUCACAGCUCUGAACGGAGGAGUCAUCUAAAGAAGCUGAUUUUUUCUUUCUUUUUCCAGAAGUUGGAUGUGAUGGAGUUGAAGCCCUCUCUGCUCCUAGAUUGGCAGAGUUUUUGUUUUUAGUCGUCAAUAAAGGAAAUAUAUUUAUUAAAAAAAAAGGCACCAUCUUUAUCUGCUUGAGGAAUUCCGGCCUGUCAGCUAUUUUGGUUCCUGUCUUGCUUUCACUACUUUGUGAAAGGAGACGUAAAAAGGAAGCAAGGGGAGAGCGAAUGAGCACGACGCAGAGGAGGGCAGACAGACAUAUACAGCGUCAACACCUCGACCCGUGUCAGUUGUUUUCGGGAGCAGCUGAGGAGAUCCCCAGAAAAAGUGAGGAGACGCCAUGGUUCGGUGGUUCCACAGAGACAUCACAGGCCUGGAGGCUGAGGAGAUACUAAAGGUGCGAGGCAUUCAUGGGAGCUUUUUGGCUCGACCCAGCAAGAAAAACGUUGGAGAUUUCUCCCUGUCUGUCAGGGUGGGUGAACAAGUGACCCACAUCCGCAUCCAGAACACAGGUGACUACUACGACCUGUAUGGAGGGGAGAAAUUCGCCACCCUGUCCGAGUUGGUGGACUACUACACAUCAGAGUGUGGAAUCCUGCAGGACAAGGACGGCACCAUCAUCGAGCUCAAAUAUCCCCUAAACUGCUCGGACCCAACCACUGAGAGGUGGUACCACGGUCACCUGUCCGGCCCGAAUGCGGAGAAGCUGCUCACCCAGCGAGAUGAGCCGGGCACCUUCCUGGUUCGGGAGUCUCUGUCCAAGCCGGGAGAUUUCGUCCUCUCCGCCCUGACAGAAGAAAUAAACAAAAACGGGACAAAAAGAGUCUCUCACAUCAAGAUAAUGUGCCAGAAUGACAGGUACACCGUAGGCGGCUCCGAAAUGUUCGACACUCUGACAGAUUUAGUGGACUUCUACAAACGCAAAGGAAUCGAGGAGGUUUCUGGAAACUGGGUUCAUCUCAAGCAGCCGUAUUACUCCACCAGAGUGAACGCAGCCGAUAUCGACAGCAGAGUGAGGCAGCUGGACCAGACCGCACAGGAGCAGCUGGAUGGAGAAGGCGAGAAGAGCAAGGCCGGCUUCUGGGAGGAAUUUGACGCUCUUCAGAAGCUGGAAGCCAAAGUGAAAAAGAGCAGAGAGGAAGGUCAAAGACCAGAAAACAAGAGCAAAAACCGAUACAAGAACAUUCUUCCCUUUAACGACACGAGAGUCAUCCUGCAGGACACCGAUCCCAACAUCGUCGGCUCCGAUUACAUCAAUGCCAACUAUGUGAAAAACAAACUGCGGGAGACAGAUCAGAAGGUUUACAUCGCCACACAGGGAUGCCUAGCAACAACUGUCAAUGAUUUCUGGCAGAUGGUAUGGCAGGAGAACACGCGUGUGAUCGUCAUGACAACCAGAGAGGUGGAGAAAGGACGGAAUAAAUGUGUGCCGUAUUGGCCGGAGCUGCAUAGCUCCAAGGAGGUGGGGCCGUACGUAGUGACCUGUGACACGGAGAGAGAAGCUUCUGACUACAAAGUCAGGGUUUUGGAGAUCGCUCCAAUAGCAAAGCCACAACUGUCUCGUACCAUCUGGCACUAUCAGUACCUCAGUUGGCCGGAUCACGGAGUCCCUCAGGAGCCCGGUGGCGUCCUCAGCUUCCUGAUCCAAGUCAACACUAAGCAGGCUGAAUAUCCUGAAAGUGGGCCCAUAAUUGUUCAUUGCAGUGCUGGAAUCGGUCGGACGGGAACGAUUGUGGUUAUUGACAUGAUUAUUGACACCAUUGACACCAUAGGCCUGGAUUGUGAUAUUGAUAUCCCAAAGUACAUCCAGAUGGUUCGGGAGCAGCGCUCCGGCAUGGUGCAAACCGAGGCCCAGUACAAAUUCAUCUACCUGGCCGUAUCUGAAUACAUUCAGACCACCAAAACCAAGGACUGCGCCUACAUGGAGACUGACACAGAGUACGGAAACCUGCAGCUCAAACACCAGCCAGCAAGCAGAAAGGUGUCAAAAAACAAGGACGAUGUUUAUGAAAACCUGUCGAAAACAAAGAAAGAUGGGAAAAAGUCAAAGCCUGACAAGAAAAGUGGAUCGGUGAAGAAAAGAUAGAAAAAAAGGAGAAGCUUCAUUGUGUAAUAUUUAUGCUGUUUUUUUAAAGUCUGUUUUUCCGUAAAGAAUGCAAACCAAAGAAAUUUAAAAGAUGGGAAAAUAAACGUCAUUUUAAAAUGUAUUAAGGUGAUUGUCAAAAAAAUAAAAGGAGGCUGCGUGCAAA